UGGAGAGCCUCCACGUUACGUGGAAGUCGUUCGGUAGAUAUCUACGUAAGACGGAGAGUGUGCUAUUUUUAAAUCGCGACAACGACUCACUCACCCUGGGGAGGGCGCGCACUACGAUGACUUUCGGUCUGCACCCCAGACUCUACGUGCGAACAGACGUGGGACCAUUCCAGGCACGCAGGGAACUUCUCCCCCGGCGCCCGGCUUGGCUGCGGGGAUCGUGGGGCCCCGCGUUCCCCCUUCAUCGCCUCUGACAAACGAGAUCAAGCGAGUGUGUAAUGUGUCAACACGUUCAACGGGCCGCGUUAUCGCCCGCGCAGGCAAUCAGGGGUGGACCGGAACUUGAGUCCGAUUUGUGGACAGAAGAACGAAGACGGAGGUAGAGGCGAAGUCGGACGGGGAUGAGGAUGAGGAUAAGGUCAGUCUGCCACUGGAAAUCCGGCGACACCGCGGUGUCAAUAUUCAUCCGUGAAAUUUUGAUCAUCAAAAGCAUAAAAUAGACGACGAAACUUCAAGGGGAUAAGUCCCUGCGCUAAGCGGAUGGCAUAUAAAAAGGUCAGCAGGGCGGCACUGGUUAGAUUGUGGUGCCUUCCGCUUCUCACCCUCCCCCCACAUCGCUCUUCGUGGUUCUGAUCCUCCCUGAUCACCGCUCAGAACUCGUGAGUUUCCACUGGCUUACUCGAUCCACGAACGACCAUGUCUGACCAGCGCACGUUCUUCACGCCCCUCCGCCUUCCUCCGCGCCCUGCUCGGCGCUCAGAGCCACUGUACAAGCAGCUCGCCGCGCUGACGCCGAUGCAGUGGGCGUUUUUCUGGGUCGGCUGGCUCGCAUGGACAUGCGACGGAAUCGAUUUCUUCACCGUCAGUCUGAGUGUCCCGGAGCUGUCGAAGACAUUCAACAGGCCAACAACGAAGAUCACGCAAGCCAUCACUCUCACGCUGCUCUUCCGCUCCGUCGGCGCUGUGCUGUUCGGCGUCUUCAGUGACCGGUUCGGGCGCAAGUGGCCGCUGGUGUUCAAUCUGGUCCUGAUCUCCAUCCUCCAAUUGGGUGCGGGCUUCACGCAGACGUUCCGGCAGUUCCUCGCUGUCCGGGCUCUUUUCGGUAUCGGGAUGGGCGGUAUCUGGGGUCUCGCGUCGGCCACCUCGCUCGAGAACGUCCCCGUCGAGAUCCGUGGUCUCGCUAGCGGCGUCAUGCAGCAGGGAUACGCGGUUGGCUAUCUUAUCUCCGCAGUCAUCUCCUUGCAGCUAGUCCCCUCCGUCUCCGUCGGCUGGCGCGCGUUGUUCUGGACCGCCGCUGGUAUCUCGAUGUUCGGCGCCUUCCUGCGAGUGCUGCUCCCCGAGAGCCCGGUGUUCGCGAAGGCGCGCGCAGCAGCCGAAUCGCACGGUGUGGUGUCUGAAAGCCAGAAGACGAAGAUGUUCCUACGUGAGACGAAGCACAUGCUGAAGACGCACUGGCUGCUGUGCAUCUACGCCGUCCUACUCAUGACCGGAUUCAACUUCCUCUCGCACGGCUCGCAGGAUCUGUACCCGACCUACAUGCAGAAGACAAAGGGUUUCAGCCCUCACUUGGCCACGAUCGCGACUAUCAUCGGGAACUGUGGUGCGGUCGCUGGAGGUGGGGUCGCGGGAUGGCUGUCGCAGUUCCUCGGACGUCGGAUAACCAUCGUCACCUUUGUCUUGCUCACCGCCGUCUUCAUCCCGCUGUGGAUUCUGCCAAACGACUUCCACGGGCUCGCUGCGGGCGCGUUCUGCGUGCAAUUCGGUGUUCAGGGCGCGUGGGGUAUCGUGCCCAUCCACCUCGCCGAGAUGGCUCCCCCGGCGUUCCGCGCGACGUUCCCGGGUGUCGCGUACCAGAUGGGCAACAUGAUCUCGUCUGCCAGUGCCCAGAUCGAAGCGACUGGGGGUGAUCACCUGAAGACGAAUAUCAAGGGUGUGGUCGUGCCAGACUAUGCCAAGGUUCAGGCCAUCCUCAUUGGCGCCGUCGCCGCUUUCCUGAUCUCAGUCACCAUCAUCGGGCCUGAGAACCACUCCUCUGCGUUCGAGAAACACCGCGCCGCAUUCGACGAGGGCGGCGCCGAGGAUAACGCCUACAUCGCAGGUGACGCGACGCCCUCCCCCGUCGCGCGCGAUCUCGAGGAGAAGGCUGAGGACGAGCACAACGAGAAAGUCGUUGUGUGAUUUCAUGCAUGAGACGAAAAUGUACGAGUACCACGAUGGAUGUAUAACGUUAAUGAGCCUACCAUUACUUUCGAUUUGUAUUACUUGACGUCGAUGACCUUUUCAUACGGAUGAACGCGCAGCAUGAGCGAGGGAGCGAGACCUGGUAUGGUA